AUGGCACCCAUUGCCGUCACCCCGGACAACAGCAGUCCCAAUGGGAAUGGAGUGAAUGGGUACUUUAACGGUCUCUCCAACGGUGUCUCCAAUGGUCUCUCCAACGGUCUCUCCAAUGGUCUCUCCAACGGCCAUCGCGAUGGUGCUACGAACGGGCUCACCAAUGGCCACGCCAAUGGGCACGCUAACGGCCGCACCGUGAACGGCGCGACCAAUGGGUUCGCCAACGGCCACGCAAAUGGCGUCAAUGGCGCCAAUGGAUACUCGAAUGGCCAUACCAAUGGCCAUGCGAAUGGCCAUGCCAACGGCAAUACCAACGGCAAUGCCAACGGCAAUGCCAACGGCCACCAUGCCUCGCCUCCGCCGCCUCAGAAGCCGAUGCCGAUUGCCAUUGUUGGCAUGGCCUGCCGCCUUCCAGGCAGCGUCGCAACGCCUACCGAGUUCUGGGAGCUCUGCACUCGGGCUCGCACUGGCUGGUCUGAAAUCCCCAAGGAGCGAUUCAACAACAGCAGCUUCUACCACCCCAACGCCGGGAAGGGCGGCUGCCAGAACGCUGUUGGCGGUAACUUCCUCAAUGUCGACCUUGCUGCUUUCGACGCUCCGUUCUUUGGCCUCACUGAGAAGGAGGCCAUCUCCAUGGACCCCCAGCAGCGUCUCCUGCUCGAAUGCACUUUCGAGGCUCUUGAGAGUGCCGGUAUUCCGAAGCACACCAUCGUGGGCAAGGAUGUGGGAGUCUUCGUUGGCGGUUCCUUCCCGGAGUACGAGUCACACCUCUUUCGAGACUCUGAUGCCAUCCCCAUGCAUCAAGCAACAGGGUGCGCCUACGCGAUGCAGUCCAACCGGAUUUCGCAUUUCUUCGACCUGAGGGGUCCUAGUUUCACUUCAGACACUGCAUGCUCGUCUAGCAUGGUCGCAUUGCACCUGGCUUGCCAGAGCAUACGCACCGGGGAAUCCAGCACUGCCCUGGUCGGAGGCUGCCAUCUCAACAUGCUACCGGAGUUCUGGAUUUCCUUCUCAACCUGCAGAUUGCUUUCGGAUUCUGGCCGAUCCAUUUCUUUCGACGAUAGAGGCACCGGUUUUGGCCGUGGAGAAGGCUGCGGCAUGAUUGUCCUGAAGCCACUGGACCAGGCUAUUAGGGACAAUGACCCAAUCCGAGCUGUUAUUGCCGCCAGCGGUAUCAACCAGGACGGCAAGACGCCUGGCAUCACGAUGCCGAGCGGGGAAGCCCAAGAGGCGCUCAUGCGUCAGGUAUAUGGAAAUGCGGGCUUGAACCCUGCCGAUUGUGGGUUUGUCGAGGCCCACGGCACCGGCACCCGUGUUGGUGACCCCAUCGAGGCCACCGCCAUUCACAACUACCUGGGCAAAGGUCGGACAGCGAGAGACCCGCUCUUCCUGGGCUCGGUCAAGUCUAAUAUCGGCCAUUUGGAGGGUGCUUCAGGCAUUGUCGCGGUCAUCAAAGCGGCACUGAUGCUCGAGCGGGGCUUCAUCCUCCCCAACUACGACUUCAAGCAACCGAACCCCAAAAUCCCAUGGAAGGAAUGGCACUUCAAGGUCCCCACGGGGCAGCGACCGUGGCCCCGGAAUAAGAAAUACGUCAGUGUCAACAACUUCGGGUUCGGAGGCACCAACGGCCACGUCGUCCUCGAGGCCUCGCCCUUCCGUGGCCAGCGAGCGCCGGGCCCAGGCGACGAAACUCCACCUCCCGAGAAGGCGGCCUCGCAAGGACGCAAGCUGUACGUGCUGACUGCCAACGACAAGACAGCACUGUCCCAGCUCAUGAAGGAUAUCGUCGUCUACCUCGAGCAGCGACCUGAAAUCUUCCAGAUGGAUCUGAUGAGCAACAUUGCCUACACCCUCGGUCAGCGGCGGUCUCAUCUGCAGUGGAGGGUCGCCAUCGCAGCCCUGAACUCGUUCGAGCUCAUUCAGGAGAUGAACGGUGAAAAGCUUGUGCCAGGGAAGGACAUGAGUCCUCUGAGACUAGGCUUCAUCUUUACUGGCCAGGGUGCUCAGUGGAAUGCCAUGGGCCGCGAGCUCUAUGACCAAUACCCCGUUUUCACGGACAGCCUUGACCGCGCCGACCGGUGUCUGAAAGACCUUGGCGCAGAAUGGUCGCUUAUCGAGGAGCUCGGGAGGGAUGCCGAGACAUCCAAGGUCAACGAGGCCCACAUCAGUCAGCCAUCCUGCACGGCCAUCCAAGUAGCCUUGGUCGACCUCAUACAGUCGUGGGGCAUCCACCCUACCGCCGUGGCUGGACACUCCAGUGGCGAAAUCGGAGCUGCUUACGCCGCCGGAAUCAUCACUUUCGAGGCCGCCAUGGCUGUUGCCUACCACCGGGGCAGACUCAUCCCGAUCCUGAAAAAGAAGUUCCCAGACCUCCAAGGCCGCAUGAUGGCUAUUGGUGGCACCAAGGAAGAGGUCUCUCCGCUCAUCGAAAGCCUGACCGCAAAGGAAGCCAGGAUUGCCUGCUUCAACAGUCCUUCCAGUCUGACCAUUUCUGGAGACGAGCCUGCUAUUGCUGAGCUUGAGAAGUUAGCCGAGGAAAAGCAGAUGUUCAACCGCCGGCUGAUGGUCGACGUUGCCUACCAUUCGCAUCACAUGAAUCUGGUUGCCAAGGAGUACCGGGCGUCGAUUGCAAAGCUCGAUGCUCCGCUUCAGACCAAUGUGAAGUUCCACUCCUCCCUCUAUGGCAACAGAGUAGAAGGGACCGAGCUGCAGCCAAAUUACUGGGUCGACAAUCUCACAUGCCCCGUCCGGUUCUCCGAGGCACUUCAGAGCAUGCUCGAGCCGGACGGAGAGCAUGCGACAGGCGUCAACAUGCUCAUCGAGAUCGGCCCGCAUUCCGCUCUUCAAGGGCCCAUCAAGCAGAUUCUCAAGGCCGUCGGUGGCAAUGCGCCCAAGAUACCGUAUGCCUCUGCGCUUGCUAGGAAGAAGGACGCGGUGCAAACUGCGCUCGAGCUUGCAGCGAGCCUCGUCACGAAAGGGGCAGCCCUCGAUUUCGCGGCGAUCAACUUCCCAAAGCCUUCGAAGGAUCCCCAGUUGUUGACGGAUCUGCCUCGAUACCCCUGGAAUUACCAGUCCAAAUACUGGCUCGAGUCCCGCAUGACGCAAAAGCACAAGUUCCGAGAGGCUCCACGGAGCGACAUGAUCGGAACGCUCGCCAACUAUUCCAACGACCUAGAGCCGACGUGGAGAAACAUUGUUCGCCUCGACGAUCUCCCGUGGCUGCAGCACCACAAGAUCCAGUCCCUCACGAUAUUCCCUUUGUCCGGUUUUGUUACCAUGGCCCUUGAAGCCGCCGCUCAGCGAGCCUCGACCAAGGCCUUGGAGUUUGACAAUUUCGAGCUGAAGGACGUGUCUAUCACCAAGCCCCUGGUGAUCCCUGACAAGGAUCUCGAGAUGACCAUCACCCUCCGCCCCCACCAAGAAGGCACACUUGUCUCCUCUGACGCCUGGGACGAGUUCCGCAUCUGUUCGUGGACGCUCGACAACGGUUGGACUGAGCAUUGCAUCGGCCUCAUUGCCACGAAGGGAAAGGAUGCUAAUGACGUUGACGGAGGGCAACAGGCAGGCGAUUCUGCGGAAUUUGUACAGUCCACCACUGCGUCAAUCAAGGAUGCCGGAGCAAGCAGCAUUUCGCCCAGCGAAAUGUACGCCUCCCUGGCUGAGCUUGGAGUUGAAUACGGCCCUACGUUCCAAGGGAUCGACAACUGCAAGGCCAACGAAACCUGCUCAGUGGGAGACGUCCUAGUCACUGAUGUCUCGAAGGAGAUGCCCAAUGGCUACAUGACCGACACCAUCCUACCGUCGGCGGUCCUGGAGUCGUUGAUUGAGAUGUACUGGCCGAUUGUCGGGGCGGGGCGAACCCCAGUCGACAUCAUCUACCUUCCAUCCUCGAUCCAGCACAUGUCCGUCUCCACUCGCGUCGCCGGCGUAGUCAAGGAACCCGGAAGCCUUCUCCGCGCAUACUGCCGGGGAGCAAUCACCCGCGCAAACCCCAAACCGGCCCUGGUCGACAUCACUGUGACGGCGGGCGGCGACUCCCUCGAACCUCUGAUCACGCUGGAUGGCCUAACCAUCUCGCCAAUCCUGGACGGCGAGACCCAGAUGGACGCAAACGUUGCGAGGGAGCUCUGCUACAAACUGGAGUGGGAGCCUAUCCUCGAACCCCUGCACAGCGGCAGCGUGCCAAACGGCACGUCCAACGGCGUAUCUCAGACAGCACUGAUUCCGUCCGAUGUCGAGAUUGCUAUCGUCCACGAGGACUCCAACUACCAACAGCUGGUGGCCCUGGGCAUCGCCAAUGCCCUCGAGCAGGCCACUGGCAGACUCCCCGAGGUUGGAAGCCUAUCGGAAUUGAAUGUCGCCGGGAGGCUCGUUGUGUUCCUACCGGAGCUCCAAGAACUCCUCCUCCCGACCCUCUCGGAAGCCCAGUUCACGUCCCUGCAGAAGAUGUUGACCACCGCUCAGGGUGCCCUCUGGGUUGUGCGCGGCGCCUAUGACAAGUCUUCGAACCCCGAGGCCAACAUGGUGACGGGCCUCAGCAGGACCAUCCGGUCAGAGACGGCGGUCAAGUUCGCCACCUUGGACCUCGACGCGGAAAACCCCCUAUCUGAGUCGGAUGCCGUAGAUGCCAUCGUCAAGGUCUUCGCGGCCGUUUUUGGCUCUGGUUCUUCGGCUACCAGCGAACUCGAGUUCAUGGAACGGGCCGGUUCUUUCUUCACCCCGCGCAUCGUCCAUGACGCUGAGAUGAACGAGUUCGUGCACAGGCAGACAAACCCGGCAGUCGUCGAGACCAUGCCGUUCUCGGAAGGCGACCGGGUGUUGAAGAUGGAGAUCACCACUCCUGGCGCCCUCGGCACCCUGCACUUUGUUGACGACAACAUCUCCGAGGCCCCACUCGCAGCUGACGAAGUCGAGAUCGAGGUCAAGGCCAUCGGCCUUAACUACAGAGAUGCUCUGGCUGCAAAGGGCCAGGCCGAGAUCGGCGACUGCGGCAUCGAAGCCAGCGGUGUGGUCCUGGCUGUGGGGAGCGAAGUAUCGGCCCUGCAAGUCGGCGAUAGGGUUGCCGCACUCACGCAGGGGGCCUUCGCUACCCGGACUAGGACGUCUGCCGCCAAGGCGUUCAAGAUCCCGGCUGACCUGUCCUUUGAGACGGCUGCGUCCCUGCCCCUGGCCUAUUGCACCGCCUACUAUAGUUUGGUAGAGCUCGGCCGCAUCGGCGAGGGCGAGACGGUUCUUAUUCACGCUGCCGCCGGGUCUGUCGGGCAGGCGGCCAUCUGCAUUGCCCAGAUGAUCGGAGCCGAGGUUUUCGCCACAGUGAGCAGCACUGAGAAGAAAGAGCUGCUUAUGGCCGAGUACGGCCUAGCACCGGACCAUAUAUUCCACAGCCGCAGCACCUCAUUCGUGAGCGGCAUCCGCAAGGCCACGAACGGGCAGGGCGUCGACGUCGUUCUCAAUUCGCUUACCGGCGAGCUUCUUCGAGCGUCCUGGGAGUGCCUGAACAAAUUCGGUCGCUUCAUCGACAUCGGCAAGCGAGACCAGGCCACCAAGACCGGCUUGGAAUUGGCUCACAUCAACAACAACGCCAGCUUGAUCUCUGUUGAUCUGCUUGCCGUUGCUGCUGAGAGGCCCAAAGUGUUGAAGCGCCUUGUGACUGAUGUUGCAAGACUCGUGUCGUACGGCAAGGUCCGACCCGUCACUCCUGUCGCCGUGUUCCCAAUCUCCGACGCCGAGACAGCGCUCAAGUCUCUGCAGGCAGGCUCCCAAGGCAAGGUUGUUGUUACGCCACGACCAGGAGAUAUUGUCAUGGCUACGCCAUCUAAGAAGGUGAAACAUCUCCUUCACGCAGAUGCCACCUACAUCUUAGUUGGAGGUACUGGCGGCCUCGGAAGAAGCAUGGCUAGGUGGAUGGCUGCCAAGGGAGCUCGCAACCUUGUUCUGGUCUCCCGAAGCGGGUCUGUAACCGGAAGGGUCAAGGAGUUGGUCGACGAGCUCGCCGCUGUUGGGGCGAACGUUGUCGUACGGCGAUGCAACGUGGCGAACAAGGCCGAGGUUGAUGACCUUGUGGCCGAGGGGCUGCAAGGGCUGCCUCCCGUACGAGGCGUUGUGCAUGGAACCAUGGUCCUUCGCGACGUCCUGUUCGAGAAGAUGACUUGGAGAGAGUACAUCGAGGUUAUUGAAGGCAAGGUCCAAGGCGGUUGGAACUUCCACCACGCCCUGGCAUCUGCUCCCCUCGAUUUCUUCGUCGCCAUCUCGUCGGCCGCCGGCGCCGUUGGCAACCGUGGCCAGGCCGCCUACAGUGCCGCCAACUGCUUCCUCAACGCCCUGGUGCAGCACCGCCUCGCCCUCGGACUCCCCGCAUCCUCCCUCGACCUGACUGCUGUCUCGGAUACCGGUUACCUGGCCGACGAUGCGGAGAAGGCAGCCGAAGUCGCCCGCAACCUGGGCAGCGACACCAUCUGCGAGGCCGAGGUGCUGGCCCUCCUGGACGCCGCCAUCAGCGGGAAGCUGGCGGCGACCUGCAACAACCACACGAUCACGGGCAUGCGCAUCACGGCCAGCAUGAGGCCGUUCUGGACCGAGGACGCCAAGUUCAAGGCGAUGCGCAUCGCGGCCGAGGAGGCCGCGGCCAAGGACUUGUCCAGCGCCGUGGUCUCGUUCAACGCGGCCCUCAAGGCGGCCAAGUCGCUGGACGAGGCCGAGGACGUGGUCUGCAAGGGCCUCGUCGACAAGAUCUCGGCGGUGCUGAUGCUCGAGGCCGAGGAGAUGGACAUCACCAGGUCGCUCUCCCACUACGCCCUCGACUCGCUCGUCGCCAUCGAGAUCCGCAACUUCAUCACCCGCGAGUUCGAGGCCAACCUGCAGGUCCUGGAGCUGCUGUCCAGCGGCUCCAUUCAGACCCUGGCCAAGGGCGUCUGCGCCAAGAGCAAGAUUGUCUCCUUCACCGCAUGA